AAACAAAGCAGCUGUUUAGCUCCGUUGAUGCGACCAGAUUCAAAAACAUUUAACUGAUUAUUUGUACCGUUAAAUUAACAGUAAAUCCACGCUCCGGUGUUUCUCUUCGGUCCCGUGAAGUUGAGCUGUUUUAACGGUCGUUUCUUUCCGAAGCUGUUGAGGAUUUUAUUGGAGCUGUUUGUGUUCUCGGUUUGGAGGCUAACGGGCGGAGGCUGAAAACACGGGAGAACUGUGAGGAAUACAAAAGAAAACAAGGAAAAAAGGGGGGGGAAAUAGAGAUAGAAAACAAGGGGAAAAGGUGAUAAAUAUAGGUGGAAACACGAGAAAAUAGAGGUGGGGAAAGGGUGAAAAUAGUGCUCGAAAACACGGGAAAACGGUUCAAAUUGAGUCGGGAAAACCGUGAGAAUCAGAGGCAGAAAACUGUGAAAAAUAGAAGCUGUAAACAAGACAAAAACGGUGAAAAUUGAGACUGAAAACAGGGACCAACGGUUAAAAUAGAGACUGAAAACACAGACAAACGGUUAAAAUAGAGACUGAAAAUAGGGACCAACGGUUAAAAUAGAGACUGAAAACUGUGAACAAUUGAAGCUGUAAACGGCGAAAAGGAAAGCCUUAAAAACACUAAAAAUCCACCACGGGAACACAGUGAAAACCAGACCCCCAAAUCAGCGGUUGUCCUGGCUAACUUCCCUCCGAUUACCCCCUCUUGUCCCCAGAUGAUGGUGGAGUGACCGGUUCUCUCUCCCCGGGUUUAGAGCACCAUGGCCCCGGUUUCUCUGGUGGCCGCCUGCCGCAGCCUGGCUCUCUCCACCUGGCUGCUCUCCUUCUGCUUCGUCCACCUGCUGUGUCUCGACUUCACUGUGGCCGAAAGAGAGGAGUGGUACACGGCCUUUGUAAACAUCACCUACGUGGACCCGGCCACCUCGGAGCUCCGGACUGAGAAGACUGAGUGCGGUCGCUACGGCGAGCACAGCCCGAAAAAAGAAGCCAGAGGGGUGGUGGUUCUUCCCGGAGCUCCACAGGACCGGCAGGCCUGCGACCCAAACACCCGCUUCCUGGUGCCCGGUCCGGCCGCCUGGGUGGCUCUGAUCUCCCGGGGAAACUGCACCUAUAAGGACCAGAUCCGCCAUGCAGCCGCUCAAAACGCGUCCGCGGUGGUGAUCUUCAACGUGGGCUCCAUCAACGCCAACGAGACCAUCACCAUGCCCCAUCCAGGUACAGGUGAUCUCCUGGCCAUCAUGAUCCCGGAGCCUAAAGGUCGGGAGGUCGCGGCGCUGCUAGAGCGCAACGUGACGGUAACCAUGACGAUCACCAUCGGCACCAGGAACCUGCAGAAGUACGUGAGCCGAACCUCGGUGGUGUUCGUCUCCAUCUCCUUCAUCGUGCUGAUGAUCAUCUCCUUAGCCUGGCUCGUCUUCUACUACAUCCAGAGGUUCAGAUACGCCAACGCACGGGACCGCAACCAGAGGCGCCUGGGCGAUGCGGCGAAGAAGGCGAUCAGUAAGCUCCAGGUCCGAACCAUCAGGAAAGGAGACCAGGAGACGGAGGGAGACUUUGAUAACUGUGCCGUGUGCAUCGAGGGAUACAAGCCCAACGACGUGGUGCGAAUUCUGCCCUGCAGACACCUGUUCCAUAAGAGCUGCGUGGACCCCUGGCUGCUGGACCACCGGACCUGCCCCAUGUGCAAGAUGAACAUCCUCAAAGCCCUCGGCAUCGCUCUGAACGCAGACUGUCUGGAAGACCUCCCUCUGGACUACGACCUGACCGUGGGGGGGGUCGGGGGGGCGCUGGCUCUGGAGGCCGUGGUGUCGGGGGGGUCGAGCGACGGGACCCUCAGUGAGGGGGGGGGCUCCUCCGUGCUGCUGGACCCCGGGGUCAGGAGGGUGGGACUGCCUCAGGACUACCAGGACCCUCUGAGAGACAGCCCUGUUACCAUGACUACUGACACACUCACAGUAUGA